UUCCGGUAACAUGGCGGUUCAAUAAUUCUUUGCGAUAACUGAUGAAUCUAAAAAAGUAAUAUUUUCUCAAAACUUCGCACAAGACACUUGAAAAAAAUACUCUAUCUGAAAAUUAAAGUAUUAACCAAAUUAAAAAAAUGCAAAUGACUGCCAUUUCAAGUAUUAAUGAUAACGGAUUGCAAUUGAUGCACCACUUGCCAUCUUCUGUCUCGAACCACACAAUGGCUUCUCAACAGCGCAUCAUUCUCAAACAAAAUGAUGAGAAAAUCGUUGACGUUUGGAAGAAUGAUUUAGAAGAAGCUUUUAAAAAAAUUCGAAAGUUGGUGACGCAAUACAACUAUGUAGCCAUGGAUACAGAAUUUCCCGGUGUCUGUUGCCGUCCAAUGGGAGAGUUUAAGAGCACGAAUGACUUCCAAUACCAAUGUAUGAAAUGUAACGUGGAUGUUUUGAAAGUUAUACAAGUACAGUGGUUUCCAAAUAGAAUUAAGAUAUAAAAUAAAUUCAUUUUACAGAUUGGCCUAACAUUUAUGGAUAAAAAUGGUCGAACUCCCUCUCCCACUUGCACUUUCCAGUUCAACUUUCAUUUUAACUUGAACGAGGACAUGUAUGCUUCGGAUUCGAUUGAUCUGCUUCAGAACUCUGGUAUUUUAUUUGCCAAACAUAGUACGGAAGGAAUUGAUCCUUGCGAUUUUGCGGAAAUACUUUUGGGAUCCGGUUUAAUACUAAUGGAUAACGUUUAUUGGUUAAGUUUUCAUAGCUCUUAUGAUUUUUCGUAUCUUCUUCAUUUACUCAUUGUAAGAAAUUUACCAGAUAGUGAGAUGCGAUUUCACGAAUACUUGAAUACAUACUUCCCCAAAAUUUAUGAUGUAAAAUAUUUGAUGAAAAGCUGCAAACAGCUGAAAGGAGGAUUGCAAGAAAUUGCCGAUCAACUGGAAAUUAUUAGAAUAGGUCAACAACACCAGGCUGGGUCUGAUAGUCUUGUAACUGGUCAGGUCUUCUUCAAAAUGCGUGAACUUUUCUUUGAGAAUUUAAUUGACGAAGAAAAAUAUCUAAAUCAUUUGUAUGGCUUGGGAGGUUGUUACCAAAACGGUAAACUUGUCAGUUCCGAUUCAAAUGGUGCUUUUGAUAGAAAUACUGCAACAUGUACCAGUUCUCCUGGGACGAACCCGUCCAACUAAAUAGGAAAUUAUUAAAUUUUCUCUCUGCAAUAUAUCGAGAGCCUUAACUCGCAUGUGCAUCUCGUUAUUGGUCGAAGUAUUUAAAAAAGCUACUAUCUGCCAUUAAAAUUGAAUAAAUAAAGCAUGUAAAUUUAAAAUUACAUAUGCAUUUGUCAUAUUAAUAAGUACACAUUUUUAUAUAUCACAUAUAC